CAUGAUGUCAUUGUCCUGUUUUCUGAUUGGUUAAAACAUCAUCCGUUAUUUCUCUGACUAGUUUUCUGAUGCUGAAAGCUUUUGCAUUCAAGGAUUUAAAAAUCAGUAUUUAGUCAAAUUUACACAUUUAGAGGCUUUCAGUCAUGGGAACGAGUGUGGCAACGAAGAUCUUUGCUCUGCUUUGUGUUUUUCUUCUUUAUGGCACUCCGUCUAUGCUUCAAGCAGAGAAACACUCGCUGUAUUACAUUUACACGGGUUUGUCCAAACCUGUCGAUCUGCCGGGCAUCUAUCAGUUCACUGCUAUGGGUCUGUUAGAUGACAUUCAGAUCGACUAUUACAAUAGUGAGGAACAGAAGAAGAUUCCCAAACAGACCUGGAUGAAGGAGAAACUGCAGGAGGAUUACUGGGAAAAAGGCACCCAGUCAAGAAAGAGCAAAGAACAGUGGUUUAAUGUGAACGUCGAUAUUCUGAUGAAACGCAUGAGACACAGCGAAUCAGAUCUUCAUGUUCUUCAGUGGAGAACUGGUUGUGAAGUUGAGCAGGAGGGAGAUGAAGUGAAGUUUUCCAAAGGCAUUAAUGAGUACGCCUAUGAUGGAGAGGACUUUCUGUCGUUUGAUGAUAAAGAGUCUCAGUGGGUCGCCCCAGUUGCUGCAGCUCUACCAACCAAGAGAAAAUGGGACAAUGUCCCAAUCCUAAACCAAUACAUCAAAGGCUACCUGGAGAAAGAGUGUGUGGACUGGCUCAACAAAUUCAGAGAAUAUGGAGACGAGAAGCUCAGAAAUGGCACUCCUCCAGAUGUUCAUGUUUUUGAAAGGAAAUCUACCAAAACCAAGCUGAAACUCACCUGUAUGGCCACCGGAUUCUACCCCAGAGACGUGACACUGGGCAUUAGGAAAUCUCGCACAUCUCUGCCUGAAGAGGAGAUUGAAUCCACAGGAAUCAGACCAAACCAUGAUGGAUCCUACCAGAUGAGGAAGAGUGUGGAGAUCCAGGAGGAUGAAGAAGCAGAAUAUGAUUGUUAUGUGACCCACACGAGCAUGAAAGAACCAAGUAUCAUCAAAUGGGAACAUCAGGAGAAAACUAGUGAAUCAUUCACUGCCGCUUAUACUGAAGAACCUGUGCUUGAGAAAGAAUCUGCUGGACGAGAGAAUGCUGGCGAAGCAUCAGACAGCGGCGCGACUGUGUUUAUAUUUUCUCUCUCUCUCAUAUUUCAUUUCAUCUGGAUAUUUUGAAGCACUUUCUCAAUGCACUCAAGGACAAGGACACCUUGAAGCAUCAUCGGCAAAUUAUUCAUUUAUUUUCUAAUACAUUAUAAUCAAUUUAGUCCGCAAAAAGCAAUAAUAAAUUGUUAAUUUUUCUUUACAGGGAUUCAAUGACAGCUUAAACAGACAAUAACUAAUCUCACUAAUUUACAUUUCAUUUAUAGGCCUAUACAUGGUUUCACUUUUACUUUUGUAAGACAAACCGAGUAUUAUAAUUUUUUUCUCACUGUCAGAAUACAAUCAAGUUAAAUAAAAUGUCUGCUCCUCUUUAAUUAUUUGAAUGAUUGAAUUACUUACUAUAUUUGUAAACAUUUUGAGAACAGCAAAUAAAACCAUAUAACAAACUA